AUGUCCAUCCAACCACUCCCUGGGGACGUUAUCGCCCAGAUCAAGUCUUCAACGGUUAUUACCUCCCUGAACGGCGUUGUUGAUGGCCUGCUUCGAAACUCACUCGACGCCAGUGCAACCAAGAUCAAUAUUUCUAUCGACUACAGCCGUGGAAACUGCUCGGUCGAGGAUGAUGGGCUCGGUAUACCUCCAGCCUGUUUUCGUGAGGAGGGCGGUCUCGGCAAGCUUCACUAUACCUCGCGAUAUCCGCCACAUCCCGAUUUCCAUGGAAGACAUGGCCAGUUCCUAGCUUCUUUAGCAGCUCUGUCUCUGCUUUCCAUCUCUUCUCAUCAUCAUGAACACCGCUCACAUAACGCUUUAACGAUUCACAACUCCCGUAUCGUGGCCCGCAACACUCCUGCUCUUCCCGAAGAGCGCCUUCUGGCCUUCCCAAGUGGAACGCGUGUUACUGUUCGCAACCUUUUCGGCUCCAUGCCCGUCCGCGUAAAGCAGAGGGCCACCCAAAUUGAACGACUGGGCACGGCUAAGAGCCUUGACCAGCUCAUCCAUACCAUUGUUUCCCUCCUUCUUGCUUGGCCAAACGAGGUUACUGUAUCCGUCCGGGACGCGUUUUCUCAACAUUUUGUUACGCUUCGCACUUCCGGGAUAGCCAACCAGUUCCAAGACCGUCGGAACCUUGCUGAUGAACUGGUGCUGCGGGCCUCCAGCCUUUUUGCUCAAGCUUCACUGACUGAGGAACAGGACUCCAAGUCAUGGGUUCCAGUUGGAGCCUCCGUACCUGGUGUUUCUGUGAGCGGCUGCUUCUGUCUCGUCCCUGUAGCAACAAGGCGGGUGCAAUUCAUGUCUUUGGGCAUACGACCCCUAUCAAAUGAAAACGACUCCAAUAUUCUGUACGAGGAGGUCAACCGCGUAUUUGCAAAUUCCGGGUUUGGCGUCAUCGAAGAAGCAGCACUCAACGAAGGGCAGCCAAGGAGGAGAGAAGGAUUCACUUUAAAAGAACUCAAGUCAAGAAAAGGAAUUGAUCGAUGGCCCAUGUUUUUUCUUCAAGUCAUCAUGUCCGGGCAAGAGGGUUCUCUCAAUGCCGAUCACUUUCUAGACGAAAGGCAGCAGGACCUCUCCAUCAUCACCGACCUUCUUCAGGUGAUAGCCUACGAGUUCUUAAAGAAACACCAUUUCCGGCCCAAGCCUGUCAAUGCCUUGGAAAGACUCAAAUCUUCAAGGGGCUCAUUACCCGAGUCCAGUGGUCUCAAAAGGUCUGGCUCCCCUUCAUCCUCACAGGCAGCCUCCAGUCGCGACAAGAAGCACACCCCCUCGGGACUAGCGCGAUCGACUCCCAGUAGUUCUUGGGCCAGCUCAGUCAACCGUCAUAUUAAAGAAGGUAGUUCAGCCUUUUCUACAGACGGAGCCGUCAAAUCUGCCAGCACACCUACUCAAAAUGUGGAAAUUGUCCCGUGGGCUCAAAAUCCACUGUUUGACAGAGCCGGUAAGCUCAUACGAAAGCCGUUCGAGGAUGUCGAGCCACGUCCAUCAAGCAAUGCUCCCUUCGCGUCACGAGGACCGAGUCGACAGUCCAGUCUGCCCCCAAGCUUGGACAGCAGCAAGACGGACAACUAUGUGGAGUGGGUAAAUCCCACUACGAAUACCAGAACACUCAUAGAUCCGCGGACUGGCUUUGUGAUUCGACCCCAUUCUGCCCCCGGAACGAGACCUCAAGACACUCCAAAGCCACGUCAAAAGGAGUCACUACGUCAAGGUGGUGUCCCGGCGUCAAGAAGAACCGCUUUCAAGCCUGUCGAAGCUCCCAUACCCCAUGUGCCCGGGUUGUACGAGUCUUCGGAGCAAGGCGCUCAUCAUAGCUGUAGUCGCCACUCUAUGGGAGCCGUCAAUGUGGAACUAACCAAUGGGGGGGCCUUGGUUACCUUGCAGGGCCGAAUCUCCAGAGAUGCCCUGCGUACGGCAAUUGUCGUUGCACAAGUUGAUAAGAAAUUCAUCUUUGUCAAACUGGCUCCCACGGAAGUAGACAAAGUCUCUCCCAGCUCCGACGCUGACCGAAGCGUCCUGAUGCUGAUCGAUCAGCACGCGGCUGACGAGCGAAUCCGCGUCGAAGAUUUGAUGAAAUCUUAUUUCACCAUUGUCCGCCGCUCAGAUACCACAGAGUCGGACCAAAUCAUGGCCCGAACGCAAUCCCUGCAACGCCCUCUCCGCUUCGACCUGUCAAAGCAAGACGGGAACCUUCUUGUCAGAUACAAAACACACUUUGAGUACUGGGGCAUUUUCUACGAAGUCUUCGCACGCCAGGAACACUCGACGAGGUUCACCGUGGAAGUACAGUCACUGCCACCCAGCGUUUUGGAGCGGUGUCGGUUGGAGCCGCGAGUGCUGGUCGAGUUGCUUCGGAAGGAGAUAUGGAGGCUGAAUGACAACCCCGGUCGGGGCUUGUCUGCGAGUCGUGGGAUCAGCGCCACCCAGAAAGAGGGAGAACGUGACUGGGUCGCUAGGUUCCAUGAUUGCCCGGAAGCUUGGUCUUGCGGCUGGCCAAUUGUGCAUUCCCGUUUCAGUGUGCACAUGGGCGACCGUCUAUGGUUCCCCUUCUCGAUCUGGGUGGUGGCUUCGUUCCCUAUUCGGAUUUGA